AACGGAUGUUUGGCCUUGGUGACCUGCUCCUUUUCUCAGGCCGAGAAAUCCAAGAUGGCGGCCACAGAGACGGAAGAGGUUCCGGCCAUCCCGAAGUUUUUAAUGGAGUGUUCGGCGAAGGACGUCGCCUUGAACUGGCUUCAAGCAACAGAUUUGAACAGAGAUGUGUACCAGCAUCUUGCAUAUUAUGUACCAAAGAUUUACUGUAGAGGCUCUAACCCUAAUCCACUUAAUGAAGAAAUGUUGGCGCAGCAUAUUCUGUUGGGGCCAAUGGAAUGGUACCUGUGUGGAGAGGAUCCUGCUGUGGGAAUAAGAAAACUUGAAAAGGCAAAUAAAUCAUCUCAGCUGUGUGGGCAUGUUUUCAAAAUUGGAGAGCCAACCUAUUCAUGCAGAGAUUGUGCAGUAGAUCCAACCUGCGUGCUAUGCAUGGAAUGCUUCUUGGCAAGUGUGCACAGAGCGCAUCGAUAUAGGAUGACUACUUCAGGUGGAGGGGGUUUCUGUGACUGUGGAGACACUGAAGCUUGGAAACAAGGCCCGUCUUGUCUGAAACAUGAACCUACAGUCUCAGGAGCUAUGGAGGAGGAUCCAUUGGCACAUUUAUCGGAAGACAUGGUUGGACGUGCCUACGAGAUUUUUGCAAUUGCAUUCAAAUAUGCUGUAGAUAUGUUAACGUGGGUGGAAGAAGAUAGACUACCUGCUGGUUUAGAGCCUUUGGAAAAAGAAGAUACCUACUAUUGUAUGUUAUUUAAUGAUGAAGUCCAUACUUAUGAGCAAGUGAUUUACACCCUGCAGAAGGCUGUGAACUGCACACAGAAGGAAGCUGUCAGCUUUGCGACCACUGUGGAUAGAGAUGGUCGUAGAUCAGUUCGCUAUGGUGAUUUCCAGUUUUGUGAGCAAGCAAAAACAGUUAUAGUGAGGAAUACAAGUCGACAGACAAAGCCACUGAAGGUGCAAGUAAUGCAUUCAUCUGUUGUUGCACAUCAGAACUUUGCCAUAAAAGUAUUAAUUUGGCUGAGUCAGGUGAUUGGUUACUCAGGUGGAUUAAGGCGAAUAUUGUGUGAAGUAGGAUUGCAACAAAGAUCAGAUGAAGAUAGUUCGUCCCUCGUUGACAGAUUGAUGCUCUGUGACUCCAAACUUUGGAAAGCUUAUGGUCUUUUGCAGGGAAUGGAUCCGGUAACAAGACAAGUAGGUCAACACAUAGAGAUGGAACCAGAGUGGGAGGCAGCAUUUACCUUACAGAUAAAGCUCACACAUAUAAUUUCUAUGAUCCAAGAAUGGUGUGCCUCCGAUGAAAGGGUUCUAAUUGAAGCCUACAGGAAGUGUUUGAUUGUUUUAUUACAGUGUCAUAAUGGACCAUGUGAUGGUGAGCAACCUAUCACCUUGAGUAUGUGCGGACAUACGUUGGAAAGUGUACAGUAUCGUGUAUCCCAGCAUCAAGUCAGCAUCCAUUUGCCAGUUUCACGUUUGUUUUCAGGUCUGCAUGUGCUUUUAAGCAAAACUGAAGUGGCUUACAAGUUUCCAGAGCUAUUGCCUCUUAGUGAACUGAGCCCGCCAUUGUUAAUAGAACAUCCACUUCACUGCAUGGUCCUGUGUGCGCAAGUACAUGCUGGAAUGUGGCGGAGAAAUGGUUUCUCCCUAGUUAAUCAGAUCUAUUAUUAUCACAAUGUGAAAUGCAGAGUGGAAAUGUAUGAUAAAGACCUAAUAAUGCUCCAGGCUGGAGCAUCUAUGAUGGAUCCAAACCACUUUCUAAUGAUUAUGCUUUGUCGAUUUGAGUUAUACCAUAUAUUUAACAGUCCUGACUAUGGCAAAAGAUUUAAUUCUGAACACACCAACAAGGAUGUUCUACAACAAAACAAUACUCUGAUAGAAGAAAUGCUUCACUUGAUCAUGAUGGUGGUUGGAGAGAGAUAUACUGCUGGAGUGGGUCAGGUGUCUGCUGAGGAUGAGCUGAAACGUGAAAUUGUUCAUCAGCUAUGUAUAAAGCCAAUGGCACACAGUGAACUAGUUAAAGCAUUGCCUGAAGAUGAGAAUAAAGAGACUGGAAUGGAAAAGGUUAUUGAAUCUGUAGCCUCUUUCAAGAAGCCAGGAUUAACAGGAAGAGGGCUUUAUGAGCUAAAACCUGAAUGCGCCAAGGAAUUUAAUGUUUUCUUCUACCAUUAUUCUAGGGCCGACCAAUCCAAGGCUGAAGAAGCCCAAAGGAAGUUGAGGAAGCAAAAUGGAGAAGACAUGGCUCUUCCACCUCCUGUCCUUCCGCAUUUUUGCCCCCUGUUUGCCAGUCUGGUAAACGUCCUUCAGUCAGAUGUUUUUGUGUAUAUCUUGAGAACAGUGCUACAAUGGGUUGUGGAACCAAAUGGACAUGCUUGGACUGAAAGUAUGUUACAAAGGGUUUUGCACUUGAUUGGAAUGGCUUUAAAUGAAGAGAAACAACAAAUGGAAAGUGCAAGUGCAGACAGUGAUGUGACCUUUAACUUCACCUCAAAAUUUUCAUGUCCUGGGGAGGCUCCAGAAAACACACCUAGCAUUUUGGCAAUGCUAGAAAGCUUGCAGAAUUCUCCUCAUUUGGAGGUUUAUAAGGACAUGAUCAAAUGGAUACUUAAGCUGUUUGGAAUUGUUAAAAAGAUGAGAGAACGAAGCAAUUUGGCCCCUAUUGUAGAAACAGAAGGGCAUGGCAUAGAAGAGUGUUCACGAGAUAAAGAUAAAGCAGAUAGGAAGCGGAAAGCUGAAAUUGCCCGUCUGCGAAGAGAGAAGAUAUUGGCCCAGAUGUCAGAAAUGCAGAGACAUUUUAUAGAUGAAAAUAGAGAGUUAUUUCAACAGACAUUAGAAGAACUAGAAGCUUCAUCUUCCACAGUCACUGACAACAGCCCUAUAGUUCCUGAUGCAGCAUUGAUUGCUUUAGGUCCCAGACAAACCAGAGUUUUUGAAGAGAAGCAAGUUGUUACGUGCAUUUUGUGCCAAGAGGAACAGGAGAUUAGAAUGAACAACAAAGCAAUGGUUUUAGCCUCCUUUGUUCAGAGGUCAACAGUUUUGUCCAAGAACAGAACAAGGACCUUCCAGGAUCCUGAAAACCAUGACCCAUUGUUCAUGCCACCUGAUUUGGCCUGUGGCACCCAUAUAGGUAGCUGUGGACACAUCAUGCACGCCCACUGUUGGCAGAGUUACUUUGAUGCAGUUCAAGCAAAGGAGCAGCGGAGACAGCAGCGGUUAAGAGUGCACACAAGCUAUGAUGUGGAGAAUGGAGAAUUUCUUUGUCCACUGUGUGAAUGUUUGAGCAACACUGUUAUUCCGUUACUUCCUUCUCCUAGAAACCCAUUGAACAGUGACAGUUCAAAAAACAAUGCAAGUGUUCCUGUUUUAUCGAGUUGGCUGAAACGUACAUUGCAACAGUUGAAGGUCCUGAAGAAAAUCCAAGAAAAGCAAACAGAUAACCUCUCCAACACCCACCUAGAAGGAAUGGAGGUCCCUGAGGGAUUUCAACCUGAUGUAAAACCAAAGAAUCCUUUCUCAGAAAGCAUCAAGGGGAUGCUUACAACCUUGGCUACAGCAACAUACAAAGUGGGUCUCAAGGUUCAUCCCAAUGAACAGGACCCACGAGUGCCUAUGAUGUGCCGGGGCAGCUGUGCGUACACAGUACAAGCAAUAGAGCGUUUCCUAGCAGAUGAAGAAAAGCCACUGUUUGGUCCUCUACCAUGUAGGCAGGAUGACUGUCUGAAGGCAUUAACUCGAUUUGCCGCAUCACAGUGGACUGUGAGUUCUUUGUCUGUGGUCCAGAAACAAUAUGCUCGACUGUUAUCAGUUCUGAUACCUGAUGAUGAUAAGACUCAGAUUUCUCCAUCCAUUCUUGAUGUAGACAUGUUCCAUUUAUUGGUGAGCCUCGUGCUUUCUUACCCAGCUCUGCACUGCCAAGAUUUCACAGGAGUUAGCUUAGCUGUUGGUCACCUUCAUCUCUUCCAUUUGGUUACGACAGCACACAUUGUACAGAUUUUACUGACGUCUUCAACAGAGGAAAAUACUAUGGACCAGGAAAGUGCUGACGGAGAUGAAGAGGCUGCUGCCUUAACGUUGUACGACAAACUCAGGCAAUACUCAGGAAGUGCCUUGAAUUCAAUGACCUCAGGUUGGCACCUGUGGCAAUAUAUCAAGACUGGUAUAAUACCCUAUCUACGAUGUUCUGCCUUGUUCUUUCAUUAUCUCAAUAACGUUCCAGCCCCAGUUGAACUGCAAGAGAAUGGACCACACCACUUUGAACUGUUAUGCCGCUAUCUUUCCCUCCCAACAAAUCUAAUGAGUCUUUUCAAAACUGAGAAUGAUACAAUUGACCCAUUGAUACAAAGAUGGUGUGGUGUUGCAGAAGUGCAGAGCUUUGUGAAAGGGGAGAGAACGGCGAUUAGCUAUCCUAGGGAGCCAAACAAGUUAAUUGAACUUCCUGAUGAUUACAGUUGCCUCAUAAACCGAACAUCCUGUUUUACAUGUCCAAAAUCAGGUGGGGAUAAAAGUCGGGCACCAACACUCUGCUUGGUCUGUGGGGGAAUGCUUUGUUCUCAGAGCUACUGCUGUCAAACAGAACUGGAAGGAGAAGAUGUUGGGGCCUGUACUGCUCAUACCUACACUUGUGGUUGUGGAGUUGGAAUUUUUUUGCGAGUUCGAGAGAGCCAGAUUUUGUUCCUGGCUGGAAAGACAAAAGGGUGCUUUUAUCCACCGCCCUACCUUGAUGAUUACGGAGAGACAGAUCAGGGACUGAGACGAGGGAAUCCCCUUCAUCUCUGCAAAGAGCGGUACAGGAAGCUGCAGAAACUGUGGCAGCAACAUAGCAUCACUGAGGAGAUUGGCCAUGCACAAGAAGCAAAUCAGACGCUAGUUGGCAUUGACUGGCAGCACUUGUGAUUAAUUUCUAAUAGAACUGUAGGCACUCGGCACAUCCUGAAGCAAAAAAAAGUCCUCUUGCAGGAAGUCAGAGGAUCAGGUUUAAUGAAGUACACCUCAGGCCACCCAUUUUGAAACACUUACUUCAGAAUUACAGUGAUUUUAAAAAAAGAUUACAUAACUGUUCACCUGUCAUUAUGAAAAUGUGGAUUGCAUGUGAAGUGUGUAUUUUAAAGAGAUGUCAUUCACUUUAUUUGCACUUGAAAUUUUCUCCAAAAAGGUGGAACAUUUUGGGAUAAUAAAGCCCACAUCUUCAAAGCCGCUGUUUUUUAAUUAUCAUUAUUUAUCAGGUGUUGGAGUAAUACAAUAUGGACAUCCAAAGUGUGUUUCUGUGCUCUAUAGUUAGUGAUGUCUAAUGAACAAUUUUGGAUCAAAUGUGGAAAAGAUUGCUGGCCUUCAAUUGGAAGUUGUCUUUUUUUUUUUUUUGCUUUCCCUCUCUUUGUCUUGAUUCCGUAGUAGCUUAUUCACUUUACACCUAUUUGUGAAUGUGCUUUCUUAAGGUGUGCAUCUGGUUUCAGUCAACUAAUCAAACUUUGAAUAUUGUGGUCACAAGAAUAAGAAGGAUUUUCGUCAGCUAUAAAAGCAGUUUGCCACUGUUCUUCUUGUGUUAAAGAUCUUACUAUUUGUGUGUUAUCAAAAAUAUAUUGUAAAAUGUGUUUAAAGGAUAUAAAAAGCUAUUUUAUAAUGUGCCGUUUACUAUGAAUUUAUUUUUUAAAAAAGUCGUAUGCAAGCAGUGGCUGUAAUCAGGGCAGUUAACUCGGUGAUUUUAUUUUAAAUUGCAAGAAUUAACUAGAGGUUUCUUGAAAUAUACUUUUAAUAGGAAUGAUGGUAAGCAAAGAGGAAGUGCUCCUAGUUUUAAUUUUCUUGUCUUUGCUUAUCUGGAGCAUUCCUUUAUCAAAUGUUCACUUCAGACUUUAAUCAGAACCUGCUUGUUAACAUGUACCUUGCAAAACUCAAUGAUUCUGUUAUUCUUUGGCUGGAGUUGGUCAUGGAUUGUUUCAAGCACAUAUUAUUCGGGCAAUAUACAGUGCUUUGUAGAAGCCAGUAAAGAAGCAUCACAAACAAAAUGAAGUAAGUAUGAUUAAAUGUAUAUUUUAAGUAAGAUAGACUACACAGCAUCAUGCUCCAUAAUGCUCCAUAUGCAAAAUGCUCCAUAAUUAUCAAACUUCAUGAAACACUUUUUUUUGUUUUGUUGAGGAUGUGGUAAAAUGAGCUAAUUAAUUGUGUUAAUACUUCAAAAACUGCGUUUAGUCCUCAUAAAACGUGGUCAAAUAUGGGUAUGAUUCUGUUCUUGUUUAUGUCAUAAAUGCCUAAGUGUUCGUAAGUAUACUAAUUUCUAUUGAUUUAAAACUAAUUUUGCAUAUGAACAUGAGCAACAUAUUUUGUGACUACCUUUUGCCGUCGGUGUGGUCUUUCUGGUCCUAUUAACAGCUCCAGCAUACAGUUUAAAUGUGCAAACACACCAUUUGACACUUUCAGCUAAGUUGUUGGCAGUUAAAAAUUGGUGUUCAAAAUGUGAGUAAAACCGGAACAAGAUGAUCUUCAUGUGUGUUACUACUUUGAAUUUUCUGGGGGAGGUGAGGAAUCUGACAAACGUCCUUCUGGUCCAGGAUGAAGCAGUAAAGCCAUUAUAUUGGAUUGCUUGUGCUGCAGUAUUUUUUUCUGGAAUUUUCAUGAAUAUGAAGUAUUUCAUCCUGAGAUGGACAAUUUAAACAAAAAGGGGAAAUAAUUAAUCCUGUUUCAUUUAAAAAGGCAGCUGCUGAAGAUAUGAUGGAAAUCUUCAGCACAAAACAUAUGGCUAACUAGGAAUUAUUUUCAAUAAUGCUGUUUGUAGCCAUCCAAAAUUAAAUGAGGAAAAAAUCAGUUCUGGACUUGUAACACUAAGCAUAAUGUAGUAAUUGGAUUUUCCGUUGUGAAUAAAGUUUGAGAGAAAAUAACAAAUUUUACGGCUUUUUAGCUAACUUUGUUUAUAAAUUUGUCAGAACCUAGAAAAUUUAAUUCUGUGGAAACAUAGCUUUCCAACAUGUCUGUCAGGGAAGUGUUUUUUUUUUUACUGUUUGACAUUUGCAUUCAAUGCUGACACCUAGACUUUUGUUACUAAAUACUGGUUCUAGUUCUUCACAAUUCUGAUUAUUUUGGAAGAUCGAUAUGUACAAGGAAAGCCGUUCAGUUUAUUCAUCCAGAGUGAUCCUACUGUUUGAAUGUCACCGCUUCUGUAGUUUUUUUUAGAUCAAUUUCACACUUUUGCAACCCUAACUAAUAAUCCGUUCAGUUAUGUCAGUUAAAUUGCUUUUUAUUGCUUUGAGUAAAUACCCUUAAAUCUAACUGUCGUGGUUUAGUUUAAAAUAGUGUACUGCUGUUAUCCAUUCAAUACCAAUCAUCUUAUAUUCCCUCUCAGUUAACUUAUUCCAAUCCUACAAGGCCCAGUCUUUGCUAAUAACUCAGUCUGCUGAUUCAAGAACCACACGUGUUUUUUUUUCCUGCCUUGUCUUCAGGCUUAUGUGUCUCCAUGGUUGUAAAGGAAUACAAGGAUGUCUUUUGUUCACGUUUUUGACCUCUGUGUUGCUGAGAAUAAGUGAAUCAACUCUAUAUCCUCCAAUGAUUUUCAUUUCAACUAACACUGCACUUUCUUGUCUUGUUCUGCAUUGAUCAUUGAAAGUAACCAUUUUUGUUUUCCUUAACUUGAUGUGAAUUACUUAUUGAAGUUUUUAUGCAUAUAUAACUAAAUUUUAUAUAUACAAUGCUUGAAAUCCAGCACUGUAUUCAAAUCUUAAACUCGAGUUUGAGAUACACCAUAUAAGUUUAACACCUCUUUUAUGUUUUUCUAAAUUUAGGUUCAAGCUUUUACUCGAUCAUAAUGCUGUUUCAUUCUCUAGCAAUAUAUCUGUUCUACUAACACUUAAACCUUAUUGUUCUUCAACUAAAUACUACUUACAAUAUACUCUCUUGUUGGAAAAGAUUUUGAUGCUUCUUGAAACCCAUUGUUUCUUUGUGACUAUGUUAUUGAGAUCAACGAAGGUUGAUAUUAUUUCCAUGCAAACAAUAGACCACCACAGAAUCUGUUUAACAGGCCUCAUGCCACUGGCAUAUGAAAUAGAUUAACUACAUUUGUGUAUUGGUAAAAGUAGUAAAUAACAUCUUGUGCAUUACUGCAUCUUUGAAAAAUGGAAGGUCCAUUUUUAGAGAUUUUCUAUUUUACAUAGAGUCAAGACAGGAAGACUUUUUAAUGCUUGAAUAAACAUGAAAAUACACAGGUGCUGCAAUUUGGGUAUAACAUUAGCAUAUGUUUGGUCUUCCAGAUAAUUUUGUUUUCAUUCAACUUAAGUACAGUUUGUUGUGAAAGUGACACUUCUGUUUUCCCAUUGUUUGUUGACCCUGUUAUAAAUAUAGAUGAAAAUCUGACAAAGCUGCAAGAACUCUCUUUAGUUUGAAACUAACGUAUGUAUUGUUGAAACGGAGAGCACACCCACUUCUUUUCUUUUCCUUGUCCUAUUAAUACUUUAAAUUAACCAUAUUCUCCUCUUUUGUGCAUUCUCCUCUCAUGAAACCAUUUAGCAUGUAUUUACAUUCACUGUAGAAAUGUUUAUAAAAUAGGAAUACUUUCAGUAUUUGAGAGAAUACUUGUAAUAAAUGGGCUGUUAAUAUAUGUUGAAUUCAUGUAUAAUUGGUACUAUGUACUAUAUGUAAAAAAAAACCUCAAAAUUCAAAAUAAAUGCUUUUGGUGUUGAAA